UGGUACUCUUCCCAGAGGAGUGUGUGGUGUGACAAACCCUUCAGAUGGCUGAGAAUAGUUUUAUUUAGGGAAAUUUAAACUUGAAAAUAUCUCCUCGACUACCGGCAUGGACAGCGCGCCGGUUGUCCAGGGUUACCCUAAGGGCGCCUACUUCAUCUUGGCGGGGUACCUGCUGGAGAGGUUAACGUACUAUGGACUCUUCGGAGGCGCCGUGUUCUACAUGCAGCGCGUACUGCAGUUCUCUGCAGCGCAGUCAUCUACCAUCAAGUCUACUGUCGAGGGCCUCAUCUACUUGGCGCCCAUCACCGGGGCCAUCAUCGCAGACAGCUACUUGGGCAAGUUUCGCCUGGUGUUCUACAUGUGCUGCGGCUACGUGGUGGGCACCGUAAUCUACACUCUGUCGUCUGCGUCGCCCAUGAUGACUUCAGUCGAACUCACAAAGUCCACGGGCAUAGGAGGGCUGCUGGUGUUCGGCAUGUGCGCGGGCCUCAUGAAGGCAGUUUAUUCCAGCCUUGGGCCUGAUCAAUUCAUCCUCCCACAACAACGCAGGAGCCAGGAAAGAUUUUUCUACUUCUUCUAUUGGAUGAUCAACGCCGGAGCGUUCUGCGGACAACUGCUAACCGCGCAACUCAGAGGCUCCGUGCAGUGCUUCGGCAGCGACUGCUUCUUGUUGCCCUACGCCAUCCUCGUCGGCGUCAUGGUGGUCUCCACCACUGUCUUCUACCUGGGAAAGCGGCAGUACCGGGAGGCUCCAGCGGACCCCAUGCUGAUGCGUGCGGUGCGGUGUGUGGGGCGGGCCAUCAGACUGCGCUGCUCCAGACACUCGCCGCCCGUGCAGCACUGGCUGGACCGAGCCAUGCUGCCUCAAGAAGGCAAGGCCGCCCCUGACCCUGGUCUUAUCGUGGACAUUAAGAAGACCUUGAGAGUUCUGCUCACAUUCACGACGUAUCCUUUGUUCUGGGCGCUCUUCUAUCAGACAUCAACUGGGAUGAUCUUCCAGGCGAAGAGGCUGAGCAACCGAAUUGGGUCGUACCAGAUUCCUGCAGAGUUAACUUCGUCCAUCAACCCGCUCCUGAUUCUGGUGCUGAUCCCUCUCUUUGACCUGGUCGUCUACCCACUCUUGAACAAAAUAAACGUGCUCACCUCAGUGGCAAGUCGCAUGACGACGGGCAUGCUUUUCGCGGUCGUUUCCUUCCUCAUUUAUGGGAUCAUCAACAUGCAGGUAGAGCAAGUUAUCCUGACCGAGCAGGAUACGGGUAUCACUCUGUACAACAACCGCCCUUGUGAAGUGACUGUCAUGCCUUGGCUGACGAGGGACAUCAAGUGGGUCAUACCAUCUGCUGGACAGCUGGAAGAAACUCUGUCCGUGGCAGACAUCCAGAACAUGGACGCCUUUACGCUGGGGCUGACGGCGGGCUGUGGGGAGAGCCGCGAUCAGAUGCAAGAGAUAACACUGAAGCUGAUGGCCGGGAGCGUGACGGCAGUUGCCAUAGACACUGGAAGUGUUCGGCCGCUGCAGCCAACGCUGGAUUACAUCAAAGACGUCGAUGCCGAAGCCAAAGUUCGUCUUACGGUCCUUCAAUUGCCCUUAGAUAAUUCGACCACGUCUCAAAAAUACAUUCUCAACUACAUUGAGAUGAAUGUUUCUAUAGCAGUUACGGGCGGAGAGUCAGCGUUUAAAAAAAUACCGCCUCAUACAUAUCGAGUUAUCGACAAACAAUCCAACGUGGUGCUGGGAGAAGCCAGCAUAGAUCAGGAUGGGGUGUACGACAUCGUAAUUUCCCCGUCGACAUCGGCUCAGAUAUUUUUCCUAACAGCGCCAUCAGAGCUUCACGUGUUAUAUACUUUACCUCAAUACCUCUUCAUGACCAUAGGAGAAGUUUUAUUUUCGGUUUCUGGUAUGGAUUUCGCUUACACCGAAGCACCCACAGCAAUGAAGUCGGUGAUGCAGGCUGCCAACCUGUUUACCAUCACAAUCGGCUUGUGGAUUUUCGCCAUUUUAACGGCAGUAUCAGAAGCAUCCGAAGUUUUCAAACACAGAGCCUCACGUGAGGCCUUUACUUAUUCAGCAAUAAUGCUGAUCGAUACAAUGGUUUUCUUUAUAAUGGUGCGUAAUUAUUACAGAAAUUCGAAGAUGGAUGAAAAAGUCAAUCUUUCCUCGUCAAGUAAACCGGCAACAGGAUCGUUAAUGGAAAGUAAACCCAAUAGAGAAGAUUUGGGUAACGAUAAUCUAGGCUUCGACGAAGUCAGGCUCUGAAUGUUCACUAAUAUUUUGAUAGAAAUAUCAGUGAAUUAUCAGGAUUCAAUUUUAUUGUAAUUUCAUUUUCCUUGUAAUUUUGGCAGUGAAUACUAAGUCGCGACAUCGAGAACUAGUAAUAAGGGGAUGAAAUGACAAACAACGUGUGUUCUUGUACUUUAAAGGCUCGUUGAGAAAAAAAUCUUACCAGAUCCAUGAGUUUUAAAUCGUUGCAUAAUGCUUCUGGUUUGACUUUGAAAUUGUUCUGAAAAGAAUGAAAAUAUAAUUAUGUUCAUGGUGAAACAUACUUCGUUCAUAUGAAAUGUUAGGAUAUUGUGCUCAAAAGUGUAUAAUUUCAAUACCUAAGUUUUAUCAUCGCGCAUGUUUAAGUGUCCCCUAAUAUGUCUCUGUAUCUUCAAAGACAAAGAAUUUUCUCAAUUCCCACAGAAAAGUAUCUUGAAUUUAUUUGGAGACUUUGUUUUCUUGGCAAGUUGUUUGAGAUAUAGGUAGUCUCUUUAACGCAUUGGCGUGUAAGAUGGACAGCUCAAUAAGUAUUUUAAGCAAA